UAUAGUCCGUUGACACAACUGUUUUCGUUAAUCUAAAAUUCCAGUGGCAGUUACGAUGCUGUAAUUUGUAUACAUACACACAUCCGAUUCAGUUGCCAGUCGAAUUUCGUACGAUGAAAACGUCCGUUUCUUUGCUGCUGAUGGGGCUCUGCUCUAUGGCGCACAGCGCCAAAAUUCUAUGUAUCUUCCCCACGACCUCACAAAGCCACUAUAUCCUAGGGCAUGAACUCUGUGAGGGUUUGGUGAAGAAAGGGCAUGACGUUACAUUCAUCAGCGCUUACGAUAAAAACACGACGUACAAGAAUAUCUAUUUGGAAGACGUCCAAGCUAAACUCGAAGAGUUGCAUCGUGCGAACCAACAAAAUGAAGAGGUGAAUAUAAACGAUAUGAGAACCAUGCCGCCUCAAAAUAUGUUUAUGUGGAUGGGCGAGGUGAUGCUGAUUCAGAACGAGCUGCUCUUCGAGCAUCCCAGAGUGCAGGAUCUGAUGAAGAAUGAAAAGUUCGAUGUGGUCGUGCUGGAGCAGUUUAUGAAUGAUGCCCUCAAGGGAUUCUGCGUGCACUUCGAUGCCAGAUGCAUAGCUUUCAGCACCAUCGGUGUAAGCGAUUUCAGCAACUACUUAGUCUCUAAUCCCACUUUCCCUUCAUACAUUCCCAACAUGUUCCUAUCCUAUUCUUCCGACAUGACCUUUUUCCAGAGGAUGCACAACGCUUUAUUUACAGUCUUCAUUAAUACGGUUAACAAGUAUAAGCACAUUCCUAAUCAACAAGAGUUGAUGAGGAAGUACUUCCCUGACUCUCCCGAUAUUUCCGACAUAAUCAAAAACAACGUGGAUUUGGUCUUCCUGAACUCUCAUCCGAGCGUCAACGAUCCCGUGCCUACAGUUCCGCAGAUGAUUCACGUGGGUGGUAUCCAUGUCAACCCGAAACAAAACAAAAUGCCUGGUGAUGUUAAGAAAUUUCUAGACGACGCGACCGAAGGUGUAGUCUACUUCAGCUUGGGCACAAACGUGAAAAGCAAAGAUCUCCCAAAGGAAAAAGUCCAGAGCAUUCUCAGAGCUCUUUCCAAGCUGAAAAUGAAGGUACUCUGGAAGUACGAAGAUGAUAAAUUGGAGGGAAAGCCGAAGAACGUCAUGAUCCAAAAGUGGAUGCCUCAGCAAGAAAUUUUAAGUCACCCUAACGUUAAAGUUUUCUUAACGCACGGAGGGCUCUUGAGCUCCAUAGAGGCUGUCUACUUCGGAAUUCCUUUAAUCGGAGUUCCCUUUUUCGGAGAUCAAAUGUCCAAUAUGCAGAUGCACGUGAAGAAUGGCUUCGCUAUUCAAAUUGAUUUCGACGACCUGAACGAGGCUUCUCUGACCGAAGCCUUUAAUACCAUCACCAAAAACCCCAAGUUCUCAAAGAUCGCUAAGCGAAGGUCGAAGAUGAUGCGCGAUAGUCCCAUGAAGCCCUUGGACUUGGCCGUCUUCUGGGUCGAGUAUCUGGUGAGGAAUGGUGACGCAACGUUCUUGAGAACCGCCGCCACUGAUUUGCCCAUCUAUAAGUACCUUAUGCUGGACGUGGUGGCCUUCCUUGCGUUGAUUGCCUUAAUCCCACCGGUUCUCCUCUAUAAGUGCAUCAAGUGCAGGAAAUCUUGUGCCAAGAGCGAGAAGUGCUGCAAAGCCAAGAGCAACAAAAGCAAAAAAGAGUAAAAACAAUAAGUAAAUUAC